AUGAGCGCAGAAGAAGGUGACCCACCUUCUGCGGGAGAAGAGAUUCCGCACUCUAUGGAAGAGGCACCGCCUCCCAGUUCAGAAGAUAUUGCCCCACCCACUUCUGGAGGCGAGGCCCCGCCCCCUCCUGAAGAAGGGGCCCCUCCCCUUCCAGGAGGGGAGGCCCCAGGAGAAGAUGCUGCCCCUCUUUCCCCAGAAGGUAUGGAACCUUCCUUGAUUGGUUACCAGGAUCUCAUUCCUUCUGAAGAAAUGAUAAUUCUUCCUGAUGAUGAUGAGACAGAUUUGAGUAGACUUCGACCCAGGGUUGGACCACGACUGGUUCAAUCAGUGCUUUCUGAUGUGCUGUCCUCUCAGUCUUCCCAUCGCUCCUCCAGGUAUCGCAGAAGUAUGAGUGGCAUUCCAAAUCUACAGGAAACACUGAAAGAGAGACAGGCGAGAUUUAGAGAUGCAAGGGAAAGCCGAAAACAGAAAAUUGAUCCUUCGUACAAAUAUAUAUUUGAAAUUCUAGCAGAAAAGCUUGGUCUGGACAUAGUAACUGUUGAAGAAUUAAUUUUGGAUUGCCCAUCUUUGGAAGCAUUUACUCAUUUUUUUAUGAAAGAUGGUUGUAAGACUUUGAAAUUUUUGUACCAGGAAGGAGAUGUACCCAGUCUUGAAUGUGGUCGAAUUAUUCCUGGAACAACCAAAGGGGCAAAAAUGAUGAGACUGUAUGUAGACAACGCAUAUCCACAGAAACUAAAAGGACUGUGCAUAUUUUUUGUUCGCUGUCGUAACGAUGUUGCUUUAAAUGCUAAAAGUAUUCAAGAGGAAGUGCUAUUUACUGUUCUGGAUGCAUCAAAAGGACUUUUAAAUGGGAUUAGGAAUAUGUUAGCAAAUAUAUUUCUGCCAGCUAUUCUUGCAACAAACAGUUGGGGUGCUUUAAACCAGUCCAAGCAGGGAGAAUCUGAAAAACAUGUUUUCACUGAAACCAUCAACAGAUACCUUUCAUUUUUAGAUGGUGCUAGAAUAAGUAUUGAGGGGACAGUGAAGUUAAAGACGAUAGACAACGUUGAUUUUUCCAAACUUCAGACCUUUGAAGAAGUGACAGUUGCAGCUAGCAAUUCAGAAACUGUUCGUCAGUUGGAGGAAGUGCUAAUGAUAUGGUACAAACAGAUUGAACAG